ACAGAUUAUAAAAGGCCAGCCUCGUGGGAGAGAGAGCAAUAACAGAAUCUGGAGAGACAACAUUCUCAAUCCUGACCAGAACAGCAGCCAGACUAAAUAAUGAAGGCUUUCCUGGUAGCCUUGCUCCUGAUGAUGACAGUGGCAAAUGGAUGUGCUCUGAAGUGCAGACGCUGUGUUCCUUCGGUACCAGGCGGAAGAUGUACCGUAUCCACGGAGACCUGCUCCUCUAACAUGGAUGCCUGUGUGGCCGCCCGCUUCCUCAUCUCCCCCUUCUCAUACUUCAACAGGUGCAUUAAAAUGAGCGACUGCAGGAUCCUGCAGAGGAGCCCCUACAUAAAAGCCAACUGCUGCCAGACAGACAUGUGCAAUAUCUCCAGCUUUUAGAUGUCCAGAUCCCUCCUGAGUGUCCAAGACCCCCCCACA